AUGGCAGACUUUGGUUUCUCGGUUGAUACUAUGGAAAGACGUAAAACUGUCUGUGGUAUGUUAAAUUACCUUCCACUAGAGAUGGUAGAUCGUAGAGCCUACAAUCCCAAAGUUGAUUUAUGA